AUGGGGUUCUUCGCCCAAACAUGGACUUUGACGAAGAAGAACUUGUUAAUCGUCCUCGGCCGCCACUGGUUCACGACCACUGUUCGCGCCUUCCUGGCACCAAUUAUCUUCUUUUUCAUCAUUUCCUACUGUAAAAAUUUCUUUGUGCCACCAUCGGACUUUGGCGUUGGUUCUCCAACAACACUUCGAACCUUCGAGGAGGCUCUCAAUGCAGGAACCUCUGGACGUCACACCGUGGCUUUUGUUGCCAAUGAUCAGGCUAGCGAAGUCACGGACCUAAUUAACCAGCUAUCGAGUACCGUCAGAGCAAGCGGGAAAAUUCCCGUGACUCUAUCUAACGAGGUUGAGCUACUGCAGACAUGCAGAAGUUCUAUUCGAGGAGUCUCGAAUUGCUUCGCAGCAUUGAGCUUCCACGGAUCACCUAGUAAUGGCGGCACGUGGAAUUACACAAUCCGGACUGAUGGAGCCCUUGGAGAAAGAAUCUUCGUCAACUCUGGAAACAACGACGCAGAGAUUUAUGCCCUUCCGCUACAGCACGCAGUCGACUCAGCAAUCGCGUCUGCUAGCGGGUCUUCCUCUUCUAUACCUUUGCCGCAACAGUACCCCUAUACAGACUCAACUCCUGAAGAGCGUGACAGAAACAUCACACGGCUGUACAUGGGCACCUUAAUUAGCAUUCUUGGUCUGGCCUAUUUCAUUGGUUUUGUUGGCAUAUGUUAUCAGCUCACAGGUCAGAUGGCCACAGAGCGCGAAAUUGGCAUGUCUCAACUUAUCGAAGCGAUGAUGCCAAACCAGCGUAGAUGGCAGCCACAAGCCGCACGUUUGCUGUCUAGUCACCUUGCAUUCGAUCUUCUCUAUCUACCCGGCUGGGUGAUAUCGGGCGCAAUUGUUACUCGACUCAAUUAUCCUUCAUCUCAGACUGGUAUCCUUAUCGGCUACUUCAUCCUGGCAGGACUCGCUCUAUCCUCAUGGUCCAUCGCUUUCGCCAGUCUAUUCCGAAAGGCUCAGCUUUCGGGUAUCACGGUCACCAUCGUGAGCAUUGUUCUUGCGAUUAUUGUACAGGUCCAGACUCCUGAGUCCACUGGUGCCAUCGUCAUCCUGGCCUUGUUGUUCCCACCUAUGAACUUUACCCUCUUCAUUAUCUACAUGGCCUAUUGGCAGCGCAGCAAUCUGGCUGCUGUACUUUCAGAGGCACCUCCUGGAUCUCCUUGGAGAGUCUCCGGCGCUGUGUUCUUUGUGCUGUGCGUCAUACAGCUCCUGGCCUACCCUGUGAUAGGAGCGCUUACCGAGAGAGCUUUGUAUGGCACUGCAUCAAAAGCGAGGAACAUGCAUCAUGGUGCUGACUCUGAGACUGCUCGCAUUACCAAUCUGACAAAGCAGUACAGUCCUAGCUGGCUCUACAAGAAUGUUUGGUCGAGAUUCAGCAAAAACAAAAGAGAGACGGUAUACGCUGUGAACGAUAUCAGCUUUACUAUUCGUGCUGGCGAGAUCCAUGUUCUAUUGGGAGCCAACGGUAGUGGGAAGAGUACGACCAUGGACAUGUUAGCCGGUCUUCAAUCACCGACAAGUGGUACCAUCGAUAUCAACGGAACUGGAGGCGUCGGCAUCUGUCCCCAGAAGAACGUACUCUGGGACAAGCUUACCUGCGAGGAGCAUGUCUACUAUUUCAACCAGCUCAAGGCACAAGGGCAAAAGGAAAAAAGCGUGGACCAUAGAGAUCUACUCUCCAAGUGUGAUCUGGCUCACAAGAUCUCUGCUCGUUCUGAGACUUUGUCAGGUGGACAGAAGCGUAAGCUUCAACUAGCCAUGAUGCUUACUGGUGGUAGUAACCUCUGCUUGAUCGACGAAGUGAGUUCCGGCAUUGAUCCUCUUUCACGACGCAAGGUCUGGGAUAUCCUUUUGGCCGAGAGAGGACACAGAGCCAUGCUAUUCACGACACAUUUCCUUGACGAGGGAGACUUGCUUUCGGACCAUAUCACCAUCUUGUCCAAGGGUACCCUGGCCGCAAACGGUACAGCCGUGGCUCUGAAACACCAACUCGGCGGUGGAUAUCGUGUCAAGAUCUACACAGAACACGCCUUCAAGGAGCCUCAAGAUUGGUCUGAGAUACCUCGCCGCAACCACGCUGACCACGUGGUGUACAAUCUACCUGAUUCUAGUGCUGCCGCCGUUUUUGUCACCCGUCUGGAGCAACUUGGAGUUACGGAUUAUCGCGUCAGUGGGCCACAAAUCGAGGAUGUCUUUCUAAAGCUGUCGUCAGAGUUCAAUAACGACCAUACGCUGCAUGAUGAUGCCACGUCCUUGACCAACGUAUCGUCUUUGCAGUCGGAGAAGGGUCUGGAGUUGGCCAAGGGAAAAAGAAUCUCGCUCGUUGCACAGACAUGGGUCUUGUUCCGAAAGCGUAUCACGAUCUUGCGUCGCAACUACUUGCCGUACAUGGCCGCUGUUUUGAUUCCUAUCAUUGCUGCAGGCCUUGUAACUCUUUUCCUGAAGGGCUUCAGCCCACUAAGCUGUUCGCCAGAGGGUAGCAGCUCAAACGAGGAGAUCGUCUCUUUCGCUACUCUUGACUCUGAUCCAUUCGACUUCCCAGCUGGUCCAGCUGCCCAGGUUCCUACAACGCUGCUUGGUGAUCUAUAUCCCGGACUUGUUGAUGCUAUUGCGCCCGUUUCUAGCGUAGACGCCUUCCGUGAGUACGUGCAAUCCAAUUACAGUCGCGUGUUUCCUGGCGGCUACUAUCUCGAUGCUCAGGGCGGCGCUCCCUUGUUUGCCUGGAGGGGCAAUUAUGAGCUCGACUUUGCAAUCUUGACUCAGAACAUUCUGGACAGUAGUCAGCUGGGCUCUCCGAUCAUCACAACCUACCAGGCCUUCCAAAGGCCAUGGGCACCGUCAGCUGGAAAGACACUUCAAUUUAUUCUCUACUUUGGUCUAGCCAUGUGCGCCUACCCUGGAUUCUUCGCCCUUUACCCGACUAGUGAGCGUGUUGCCAAAGUAAGAGCACUGCACUACUCGAACGGUAUCAGAGCCUUUCCUCUCUGGCUUGCAUACACCCUUUUCGACUUCAUGUUCGUCAUGAUUGUCAGCGUCGUUGCAAUAGUUAUAUUUGUUGGGGUAUCCAGCGCACUGUACGACCCCGGUACGCUGUUCGUGGUCUUCUUCUUAUAUGGAUUGGCAGCUCUGCUUUGCAGCUAUGUCAUAUCUCUCUUCGUCACCAGUCAACUGGCCUCGUUUGCCUUCGCUGCAGGCAUGCAGUGCGCUUUCUUCUUGAUCUAUUUCCUCGCUUUCAUGGCGAUCAUCACGUUCGCCCCCACAGAGAAGAUCGACUCAUAUGUCAACAUCGCGCACUUCACAAUAUCUAUCGUGACCCCCGCAGGAAGCUUGUUACGCUCACUCUUGCUGACAUUCAACGAAUUUUCGCUUCUCUGUCGUGGCUAUGAACGUGCCUCGUACCCAGGAGAAAUCACGGUCUACGGAGGUCCUAUUCUUUAUCUUUGUAUUCAGUCGCUCCUUCUCCUCGGGUUCCUCAUCUACUACGAUAGCGGAUACAGAUUCGCAUUCCUCACCAGGAAGUCCCGCUCGCAAGACGCAGAAGAGAGUGAGUACGCUGAUGAGGACGUGUAUCGCGAGGUAGUUCGAGUCAACGACUGCAAGGAUGAGUUGCGCGUAUGCAGCAUCAGCAAAUCUUACGGCGAUAAUCUCGCUGUCGAUCGAGUAGCGUUUGGUGUCCCGCGAGGUGAAAUCUUCGCAUUGCUCGGCCCCAACGGUGCAGGAAAAUCAACAACCAUAUCAACAAUCAGAGGUGACGUCCGUCCUAGUGGUGGAGACGUCUUCCUCGAAAAUGAGUCAAUCGUGAAGCAGCGCGCUGCUGCUCGUUUGCACCAAGGUGUCUGCCCACAGUUCGACGCGCUGGAUUCUAUGACGUGCUUGGAACACCUACGUUUCUAUGCUAGAGCUCGUGGUGUCUCUGAUAUCGAACACAAUGUGGAACAGGUCAUGACUGCGGUUGGCCUAUCUGCCUUCCGCAACCGCAUGGCUUCUAAGCUCUCUGGUGGCAACAAACGCAAGCUCAGUCUGGGUAUCGCGCUAAUUGGCAACCCAUCUGUGCUUCUUGUUGACGAAGGUAGUUCUGGAAUGGACGCUGGUGCAAAGAGAAUUAUGUGGCGUACACUUGCCGCAGUAAGCUCUGGUCGCAGCUUAGUGUUGACUACCCACAGUCUAGAGGAAGCUGAUGCUCUUGGCGACCGUGUCGGCAUCAUGGCUAGACAAAUGCUCGCUGUGGGUACCAGUGACUCUUUGCGUCGCAAACACGGUGACGCCUAUUACGUCCAUCUUGUGCACAAGGAUGCACCACACACCUCCGACGCUAAACUUCUGGAGAUCAAGGACUGGAUCGAGACAAAUUUCCCAAGCGCGACGAUCGAGAACAGAUCGUUCCAUGGUCAAAUCCGCUUCGAGGUACCAAACCGACCAGGCUUGGAUACCGCCUCACACGGCCCUAUCGAAGACAAGAAAGCAGCCAUGACCACGGUCACAGCGACAAGUGGCAUCAGUUCGUUGUUUGAGAAGCUGGAGUCGAGCAAGGAAGAGCUUGGUAUGGAGUUUUACGCUGUUUCGCAGGCCACUCUGGACCAAGUCUUCCUCAAUAUUGUUGGAAAGCAUAACGUUCAAGAAGAGGACUACCAGAAGGCUAGAAUGGCAACAGGGGCUUGGGGAAAGACCAAACAUUGGUUGCGCAAGGUGGCCCACGAUGCCUAG